AUGGCCCCCGCGACUCCAGACGCUGACGCCCAUCAGCAGCUCAUCGACCAGCUCGACAUCCAUUCCAUCCACAAAUCCUUCCGAAAUCACCAUUGGAAACCCAACCAACGUCGUAACAAGAACAUCAAAACCAUACUUGGCGAUGCAGUUCGUAAGGAAGCUUCUCUCAUGCCAACUCAAGACAACAGCGGCGCUGUAACUCCCAACCAAGACGAAUCCAGCACCUCCACUGAUGGAGACUCUACGCCAGCCGUCUCCACUCCGGGCUCUAUCCAACUGCCCAAUCUGGCACAAGCAUCGAGGAACCUGUCAAAGCUCGUAUUAGAGAGGAAUAUGAGGUCUAAUGGGUUCUCGACUGCGCCGAAUGCUACAUAUACAAAUAUCGAGUCUGCACCUUCACUGGCGCAUCCGAAGCACUAUUGUGACAUUACGGGAUUGUCAGCCCCGUAUACGGACCCGAAGACUAGGUUGAGGUAUCAUGAUAAGGAGAUCUUUGGGGUCAUCAGGUCAUUGGGGCAGGGUGUUGCAGAGCAGUAUUUGGAGGCUCGCGGGGCGCAUACGAUCUUGAAGUGA